AACGCGUGCAACGUCUUCGGGAUAAAUCCGAUUAUGCACAUGUAAUGAUUGUAUUGGUUAUUUUGAUAUCCACCUUGAUGAGAAAAUGUAUUUCUAGGUUGUGCAUCACUAAAACUUCCAACAAAUCGGUGCAGGUGUGUGGUACCGAGCUUGAUGUGGUAGAUUCAUUACUGAAAGUAAUUUCCGUGGAGGAUGGUCAGAAAUUCAUAAAGAUAAUUGGACCUGGAAAGAGAGGUGAAAACAAUCACACGGAAAGUUUUUCACAACAAAGACAAUGUUUCCACACAGUUCCUGCAUGCUUCUCUGACAAGUCAAACAAUACUGAUGAAAAUGGUCAUGGGUGUAAUUUUGGAAUAAACAACAAAGACCCAAACUCCCAAAAGUCCAAAACCAUGUGUGCAGAUGGUGCCAACUUUGAUGCAGAUGCAUUUAAGAAAGCUAACCCCAAAGUGAAAGUGGGGUGGGCGAUGUCUGCCAUGAAGAGUGGGGAUGAGGCCAAGAGACAGCAAAUGAAGGCCUGCUCAGAUCACCUUCAGGAAAUGUGGCAAGAAAGGAAAGACAAGUCCCCAGUGUUAAAACAGUUCAGAGAAUACUUGAUGAAAAGUGAUAAUCCCUAUGCAUUUGUUGUGUUCCUGCUGAAUGACUCCCAUGAUCUUCAUGUUCACAAAACUGCGACUUUUUCCUAUGCAAUUUGUAAAGAAUUUGAUG